AUGGCCAACAUUAGGGCCACUGCUACGAGUAGCACACCUGGCGGCCAAGCAUGCACGAUCCCGAGAAGCAGCUCACACCACCUUGAAACGAGAUAUUGUUACUCCGAUAAUGUGGCUAUGAUUACUACUGCUGCUGCUCCCGAUUGCCAAGCCGGUAGCGACACUGGUGCAAGCCGCAUGUGCUUCUUGCAUGCUACUAAUGCUGCUGCUGCUGCUGCUGCUGCUGCCGCUGCUGCUGGUGCUGCUGCUGCUGGUGCCGCUGCUGCUGGUGCCGCUGCUGCUGGUGCUGCUGCUGCUGGUUCUGCUUCUGUCUCCACGGAUACGCUCCCGCUGCAAAGUAAAGAGGCAGGAGCAGCGGAAGGGAAAGCAAUGGGGAAUAGGGAGUCACAGUGGGGAGUAUCUAGACCGGGUAACACCCGGUCUAGUAGGGUUCUGGGAGAGGAAAGUGGUGGAGGGGAAGCAGCCGUGUGUGCCGGCGGGAUCAAGAUCGAGACGGGGAUGUCUGCGGAUGUGGAUCAUGAUGAUGUGGAUCCACGUGACGUGGAUGGUACAGGUGGAGGCAUCAUGAUGAUGAUGGCGAUGGCGAUGGAAGGGAGGGCACCGGCGGCGGUAGAAGCAGAGCAGCAGAUGAGACCCUUCCCAAGGAAUCAUCAUGGUGAGGAUAUCGUUUCUGCUGAGAUGGGAGCAUAUGAUACUAUGCUGGAACCUUCUGGCAGCGUACUGCUAGGUGUAGAAGGAUCAGCGUGGGCUUGUGAUCCGGCAUCCCUGUGUGUAGUUUCUGGUGCAAGGCAUGGGAGAAUGGAGGGUGGGCCAUUGGGGGGUGGAGGGAGCGACUAUUGCUCACAGCCUCAGUGCAAUUGUUGGCAGCAGCAGCAGCAGCAGCAGCAGCAGCAGCAGUUUCAACCGCAGCAACAACAGCAUUUCACAGACUAUGAUGAAGCAGGUGGGAGUGCCUCAGGACCCGAUUCCCUCUUUACAACCGUUCCGCCUCUUCCUGGCUUUGCAUCCUCUUUAACCGACACUCACUCUCUGAGCUUGCCUGUGCUUCCUCACCCAUCCCAGCCCCGUGGGUUCCUCCAUCUAAAAGUACCAGACGGACCCCCCUCUUGCCCAUUGUUUCCUCCCACAGAAGCAGCAGAUGCUGUAGCAACGGCGGCUGCAGCAGCAGCAGCAGCAGCAGCAUCAGCAACAGCUGCAAACACUGCGACCAGCAGCAAGAAAUCCACCCUCUCAAUUAGCAGUCUCCACAUGGCUACUGCUGGGGUAAGCCGGCCAAGUGGCGCUGCUACUACUGCUUCCAUCCCCUCAGGUCUCCACACGACUGCUGCGCAACACCUGUCCCUCGCUGAAUCAUUAGCUGCUUCAGAGCUCCACCUCCAGCAAGAGCACUUUCGAAGAACAGUGGUAGCAGCAGCUGCUACUGCUGCUAGCAGUGACAUCUGGGAAGCUACUGAAGGAAGCUUGCUGCGUGGGGACGGCGCUGGUGUCUCUGCUGGGAUAGGAGGCUCUGCUGGGGUUGCCGCUGGCGGUGCUGAGGCUCCUGGGGUUAGAGAGAGCGUGCGUGGUGGCUUUGGCAUCACUGCACCUGCGGAGGGGUGCAGCGCGGAUCUGAACCAUGAGAAGAAGGAGUAUUAUCGCCGGCACCGCGUGUUCCACGCGCUGGCUGAAUUCGACGAGGGCAGGCGCAGCUGUCGCAUGCGCCUCCUGGGACACAACCGCCGCCGUCGCAAGUCACAGGCAAUGGCGGCUCAGCAGCAGCAGCAGCAGCAGCAGCAGCAGCAGCAGCAGCAGCAGCAGCAGCAGCAGCAGCAGCAGCAGCAGCAGCAGCAGCAGCAGCAGCAGCAGCAGCAGCAGCAGCAGCAGUAG